AUGAGUUUGAAAUAUAUAACCAAAGCCAACAAGGAGUUGUUUAAGCCUAUUAUUCAAGAACUAUCAGAACAAUCCAGCAAGAAGUAUGAUAAAGAAAACAAGACAUUUGAGCAAUUGAACCAAUGGAAAGACGACGACUUGCUCUCCACCGUUGCGAGUCGCUAUUCAAAAUCAAAUAAGAAUACAACAUACAUAACCAAGGACGAGCUAGUGAAUUUGAUGGACUGGAAAUUGAGCAUUGGCACUUUCAGGCCCUCGUUGCCGAAACUUAUCCGAUCUAAUUCCGAGGACACUGUGGUACAAGUGACAAAAGCUGGCUACAAACUAAUGUUGGAGUAUUUCAAAAAAUUGCCGUCCAAUUUCUGGCUGAGUGCUUCGGAAGAGAACUUAAGCGACUAUAAGAAACUCAUACGACAAGCGAUGAAGGAAUUUUGUAAAUUGAAAGGGGUGGGACCAGCAACGAGCAGUUUGAUAAUGAACUGUUUAUACAAGGUUGAACCAAAGUUUACACCACCAUUUUUCAGUGACGAAAGUUUUAUGUACUACGUACUAGACCCACAGAAACCUGGUGAAAAGAUCAAGUACAGCGUCAAGGAAUAUGUCGAGGAAUUGUUACCGGUGUAUUUCAAACUAUUGAAGAGUUAUCCAGAAGAAACAUUCACCGAAUUGGAACGUGGUGGAUGGGCCUUAAAAUACUUUUAUUUGUACCAUGAGGAUAAGUUGAUUAAUGUUGAGUCUCCAUUUGAAGAUGAUCAAUGGAAAAGAUUUGACGACGAAAACGAAACAGAAUCUGUCGAACCACCCAAGAAGAAGAAGAAGAAGGAGGAGGAGAGGUCCACUUAG